CCGGGCGCGCCCAGCCCCGGCUCCUGGAGCGCCCGCCGCGGUCCCCACCUCCAUGGACGCCUUCAAGGGGGGCAUGAGCCUGGAACGGCUGCCGGAGGGGCUCCGGCCGCCGCCGCCGCCGCCGCAUGACAUGGGGCCCGCCUUCCACCUGGCCCGCGCCGCCGACCCCCGCGAGCCGCUCGAGAACUCAGCCAGCGAGUCGUCUGACACAGAGCUGCCAGAGAAGGAGCGCGGCGGGGAACCUAAGGGGCCGGAGGACAGUGGCGCAGGCGGCACGGGCUGCGGCGGCGCGGAGGACCCAGCCAAAAAGAAGAAGCAGAGGCGGCAACGUACGCACUUCACAAGUCAGCAGUUGCAAGAGCUGGAGGCCACGUUCCAGAGAAACCGCUACCCCGACAUGAGCAUGAGGGAGGAGAUCGCCGUGUGGACCAACCUCACCGAGCCGCGCGUGCGGGUCUGGUUCAAGAACCGGCGGGCCAAGUGGCGGAAGCGCGAGCGUAACCAGCAGCUGGACCUGUGCAAGGGCGGCUACGUGCCGCAAUUCAGCGGCUUAGUGCAGCCCUACGAGGACGUGUACGCCGCCGGCUACUCCUACAACAACUGGGCCGCCAAGAGCCUAGCGCCAGCGCCGCUGUCCACCAAGAGCUUCACCUUCUUCAACUCCAUGAGCCCGCUGUCGUCUCAGUCCAUGUUCUCGGCACCCAGCUCCAUCUCCUCCAUGACCAUGCCGUCCAGCAUGGGCCCGGGCGCCGUGCCCGGCAUGCCCAAUUCGGGUCUCAACAACAUCAACAACCUCACCGGCUCCUCGCUUAACUCGGCCAUGUCACCGGGCGCCUGCCCGUACGGCACACCCGCCUCGCCCUACAGCGUCUAUCGGGACACGUGCAACUCGAGCUUAGCCAGCCUGAGGCUCAAGUCUAAGCAGCACUCAUCUUUCGGCUACGGCGGCCUGCAGGGCCCGGCCUCGGGCCUCAAUGCGUGCCAGUACAACAGCUGACCGCCCAGCCUGGCCACGCGGGCCGGCGGCCGACAGGCGAGGCGCGGGGGCAGGCACGGAGGGCGCACGCGGGCCCACAACUCGCCGCGCCGCAGACCUCGCGCCUGCGCAGCCCCCUUGUCCCCAUCUCCCCACCUCCAGGUUUGGUUUUGUGUUUGCUUUUCCGGACCCCACUCCGCCCUCUACAAAACAAAACAAAAACAAAAGACAUCGGAGAAAAGU